AUGAAUAUUGAUUCAGGGCCUAUUGAGCCCUUACCAAAGCAGAAAGCCACGAAACAACGGAAAACUAUGAAGUUUACAUUGAGUAAAUACACCAUUUAUGAAACCAAGAAAUCUAUUUACAUUGUUGCUAGUAAUAAACGAGAGACAAUGUUUCGAAUACUUGAAAUUGAUCUCAAUGGUGAAGAGGACAAUUUGAAUAUUGCGGAAGACAAUGUAUUUUUCAUGAGAAACGAGGUGAUGGAAGUUCUUCGUAAAAUUGAAGAGGCAGACGAUGAUGCUUUAACGAAGAAACUCACAGGCUAUGGUUUAUUGGGAGUAAUUAGGUUCACAGCAUGUUAUUAUUUGGUGGUAAUAACUGAAAUGAGUCAGGUUGCCGUUCUCGGAGGUCACUCUAUUUAUCAUAUCGACGAUACAGAAUUAGUUCCGAUAACAAAGUCAACGAAGAAACGGGAUUCCACCGAACUUCGAUUUAUACAAUCAUUCCAGAAUCUUAAAUUAUCAAAAACCUUUUAUUUCAGUUACACUUUUGAUAUUACUAAUACAUUACAAACAAACAUACUGAGACAGAAGUUUCUGUCCGUUGGGAGGUCAGAUAUCGAAGUGCCGCCUGGCAUUCCUGAUUAUAACGAAAUGUUUAUGUGGAAUUCAUACUUGCUUGAUCCCAUUUUCUCAUGUAUUGAUACCGUAUAUGAUUGGUUUCAACCCAUUAUUCAUGGGUUCAUUGACCAAGUCAAUGUUUCACUAUUCGGUAAGAGUAUUUAUAUCACACUAAUUGGUAGAAGAUCCCAUUAUUUUGCAGGAGCUAGAUUUUUGAAAAGAGGUGUUAACAAUAAGGGUUAUGUGGCAAAUGAAGUGGAAACCGAGCAGAUUGUAGCUGACAUGAGCCUUACAUCAUUUCACUCCCCUGCAAGAGGUUUUUUUGAUAGUGAUAAAUACACUUCUUUUGUUCAACAUAGGGGAUCAAUACCAUUGUUUUGGUCUCAGGAAGCUUCUAAUUUGACCGCUAAGCCGCCCAUCAGCAUUAACAUUACAGAUCCUUUUUAUAGUGCUGCAGCUAAACAUUUUGAUAAACUAUUCCAACGAUAUGGUGGUGGUACUAUUCAAAUAUUAAAUCUAAUAAAAACAAAAGAGAAGAAUCCUCGUGAAACAAAAUUAGGAGAAGAAUUUGAAAGGUGUAUUAAAUAUUUAAACCAGUUUCUUCCUGAUAUCAAGAAAUUAGAGUACAAAGCAUGGGAUAUGAGCAAAGCAUCAAAAUCUCAUGGUCAGAUGGUGAUUGAGUUUUUAGAAAAAUAUGCAAAGGAAACUGUGGAGACUACUGGUAUCUUUCAUAAUGGAAAAGAUUUUCAGUCAACAUCUGUACAAGAGGGUGUUUGCAGAACAAAUUGUAUUGACUGCUUAGAUAGAACAAAUGCAGCUCAGUUUGUCAUUGGAAAACGUGCUCUUGGUGAACAACUACAUGCAAUGGGAAUUAUCGAAGAAAAGUUUUUAGAAUACGAUUCGGACAUCGUUAACAUUUUGACUGAAUUAUUCCAUGACCACGGUGAUACCAUAGCCUUACAAUAUGGGGGCUCCCAUUUGGUGAACACAAUGGAGACUUAUAGAAAAAUCAAUCAAUGGAGCUCACAUUCUAGAGAUAUGGUUGAGAGUAUCAAAAGAUUUUAUAGCAACUCAUUUGUUGAUGCUCAGCGGCAAGAAGCUAUAAAUCUCUUCCUAGGCCACUAUAUCUGGUCUAAAGAUCAACCUAUGCUUUGGGAUAUGUCAACAGAUUUUUACUUGCACAACUUAUAUGAAAUUUCGGGAUUGAGGCGAAGUUACAGACAUUGGUGGCUUGAUUCCAACAUAAAAGGCCUACAUAAAACUAUCCAGGAAGAGAUAAUUGACAAAAACAAUGAUGUUACUGUUGCUAAGAUAUUCAAGAAUGUCAGAGGUUAUCCAAACUCCUAUGAUAACUAUUGGAAUGAACAUUAUACCCCUCGAAUUUUUGUAUCUCUCAAAGAUGCUUUCACUUUCAACAUGAAUUCUACCAGACGGUACCAUCACGGAAAACAAGCAAUCUCCCCAUUCGAUUCUCGCAAGCAGACUUCGAUAAAUCAGAAAUUGAGAUUGUUGACAUCUGAUAAGAAAGACAAACAUGUCAGUGAAACUAGUAGGAAAAAAGUUGAAGCAAGUGUUUCUCCCAAAGACGAAUUGAAUUUAUACACGGCUCAAUUGAAAGAAAUUCUUCACCAAUCAGAAAAGUCUUUAAAACAGCUGGACAAUUUCCCAAUAGGAUUCCCGGUGUUUUCUAGCGAUCAACCUCUAUCAUACCAUGAGUUUGCUAUCGAUGAUGAUGAUGAGAUUCCAGAAUAUGGACACACUACCUUUGAGUGCAACGAAUACGACAGAAUCUCCAAUUUGCAAAAGAAUACUCGAUAUGCGUAUGCAGAGCCAUCAGAAGAGACAUUGUAUGAAAAUGUAAUAAAUUUUGAGAAUUAUAAAUUGCUGUAUGACUAUAGUGAGUAUAUUAAUUAUCAAUCGCUAACGGUUUCACAGGCUGGUAUAUCCGAAUAUGAGAAAGUGAUCAAUAAAGCAGACAGUUACGGAAACCCCACCUUUAUUUGA